CCUCCUCCUCUUGCUCCUUUCUGUCAUCUCUGUCUCCCUGCCGAAUUAUGCUUGGCUCACUGAUGCUAAAGCUCGGUGGCCUCUCUCCCGUCCUCCUGCUCUUGGUGAGCUGCAUCGCAUACCCGCUAAAACCAGCCAUGGCAGGGUGUGAGGCCAAGAGCUGUGGCCGCGUCACAAACAUUAGCCAUCCCUUCUGGCUCCGUGACCCACGGCAACCUCCCUGUGGUGGACUUUCUUCGUUUGAGCUCUCCUGCGAGGAUGGUCUUCCCAUUCUGGUAAGUUCUUACAACAGUUCCUACUACCUUCAGGACAUCUUCUACGGGAACAAAUCCUUUUGGGUUAGGAACAAAAAUUUCAACGAUGAAGGCUGCGCUAUUCCCAAUUACGACAUACGGGUGGACCUCCCCGGUUUCUUCAGAGUUAGCGCGGUGAACACAGAGCUCCGCUUCUUCUACAAUUGCUGGGCGCCGCCGACCAUUUAUACCACAAGAAUAGACUGUGCUCCUAACGCCACCUUUGCGCUUGUCGGUGGACGUUAUGGUGACAACUCGACGUCACCGCCGUCACCACCGAACCGAUGCAACACGUCGAGGGCACCGGUUUUGUUGCGAGACGGAGGAAGAGAAAGGAGUAGCACAGAAGACAUCAAGCGUCUCUUGAAGAAUGGAUUUCUGGUGGAGUGGGGAGAAAUCGAUGCUUGCUGGGAAUGCAGUCUUAGCAACGGACGGUGCAGUCAUGACGAUGCAUCGGCGUCAUUCGUGUGUAUCUGCCCGGACGGACGGCACAGUCCCAGGAAUUGCAGAUCUAAGAGCAACAGGCGGACUGUGACUGCAGGAGCAGCUUGCGUGGGCGUGGCAGGCUUGGUCGUGGUAAGCCUCCUCGGACUUCUCUUCUUCCGUCGCGAGAUGUGGAAACGGCUGAUCUCUUCAGUUCCGCUACAUCGGACCGCCUCUUCUGGGUCAACUUCCGAGCAAGAUCCAGAGUUCGGCGGUGAACGAUACGUCACCCAGGUCUUCAAGUACGAGGAGCUGCAGAAGGCCACGGGUGGCUUCAGUUCCUCCAAUCAACUUGGCGAUGGUGGCUUCGGCACCGUUUACAAAGGAAAUCUUCGUGAUGGUCGCACGGUGGCCAUCAAGCGACUGUACGAGCACAACUGCAGGCGAGUGGAGCAGUUCAUGACGGAGGUCCGCAUACUCUCCUCCCUCCGACACCCAAACCUCGUUACCUUGUACGGCUGCACCUCCCGUCGCAGCCGAGAGCUCCUCCUCGUGUACGAGUACGUGCCCAACGGCACUGUUGCAGACCACCUCCACGGUCCCCGUGCAGGCGAGGCAGGCCUCCCGUGGGCCACGAGGAUGAGCAUCGCGAUCGAGACGGCUGAUGCGCUCAGCUAUCUCCACGCCGUCACGCCCCAAAUCAUACACCGGGAUGUCAAGACCAACAACAUCUUGCUCGACAACAGCUUCCACGUCAAAGUCGCCGACUUCGGACUCUCCCGGCUCUUCCCCGUCAACGCCACCCACGUAUCUACCGCGCCACAGGGCACGCCCGGCUACGUCGACCCCGAGUACCAUCGGUGCUACCAGCUCACCGACAAGAGCGACGUCUACAGCUUCGGGGUGGUGUUGGUGGAGAUCAUAGCGUCGAAGCCGGCCGUCGACAUCAGCAGGCGGCGGCACGAGAUCAAUCUCGCUGACAUGGCCAUCGCCAAGAUCCAAAACGACGAGCUGGAUCAGCUGGUAGAUCCGAAUCUGUGGUGUCAGUCGAACUGCGAGAUGAUAAGACAGGUGGCCGAGGUAGCGUUCAGCUGCUUGCAAGCGGACGGCGACAUGCGGCCUACCAUGAAAGAGGUUGUGGAGGCACUGCGAGGGAUAGAGGACGCUAAGGGCGUGGAAGCUGAUGCCAUGGUGGAGGAAGACGACUACUUGCUGAAGGAACGGCCGGCAUAUCCAAUAAUAAUUCUCAGUCAAAGUAGGUCAACUACAUCAUUAUCCAAUAAUAAUUCUCAGUCAAAGUAGGCUCGAGAAUCAUCUUAUCAAGUAAAGAUCCGUCCGUGGCCUGUGCUAAACGUACUCCUCCUCGGCUGUACCUGCAAGCAGGAAAAGACAUUAAUAUCCUACAUAUCAUAAUAAUCGUGCCUUGAUUCCA